AUGAUGAAAAGGGUUUCCCAUACAGAGCAAUUAAUCCAUCACUACCAAAUUGAGGCAGACAAUUGGAAAGAGCAAUAUGAAAGUCUUCAGCUUGAGAUGGAAGUUUUAGAAGAAAGCAAAUGUACCUUAGAGCAACAGUUGAGAGUCAUGGCAUCGGAAUUGGCAGUUGAAAAAGCUUCUUCCAAUCAAGCGGGCAAGGAUAAGAAUCUCCUUGAAUCUUCUUUUGCUCAACAACUCUCCAAAGCUACUGAAGAGAUCAGAGGCCUUAAAGCUUUGCUAAAUGAGAAAGAAGUUUAUGCUGGUGAGCUUGUUCAAACACUCACGCAGGCCCAAGAAGAUCUACAAGUUUCUUCUGACAAGGUUAAGUUUUUGGAGAGUUCACUUGCCCCUUUGCAAUCUUCUUAUGAUGCUGCUUUGGCUGAGAGGGAGGAGCUCAAGAGUGAAAUUGAUCAAUGGGAAAGAGACUAUGAGGCUCUUGAGGACAAAGCUGGUGUUGAAGUGAGUUGGGCUAUUUUGAACACACACCAUGAUACCCUUGUGGAGGCUAGCCAAGAGGGUUUUAACUUAGAUCCUGAGUUAGCUAAGAUAAAAGAAACCAUUGAGAAAACUCAGCAAAGCUAA